AUGCAUCGUGCGUUCUCGUUCCCGGUGACUGUGGAGCGCAGUCGGACCAAGGAGCGCCUGGAGGCGAGUCUGGCCGGGUUGUGUGAACUGGAGCUCCGCAAGCAGAGGCAGGAGUGCCUGGUGCUGGGGGCGCUGGCUCUGGGAGACCCUCUGCCCCAGGACUGCUCCAGAGGAGAGCUGGCGUGUUUCAGCAGCUGGGGGCAGGAGAACUUGACACUGAGGCGUCAGCUGAGUGCCCUUCAGAGUUCCCCAUGGGGCCUGAUGCAGGCACUGGAACAGCAAGUGGGAGAACUGAGGAUCGACACUGACAACGGCUGCUAUGACAGAGCUCAAGGAGACGCAGGUGAUAGUCGGCCAAGCUCUGGUUUCUAUGAGUCGAGUGAGGGUCAAUCGCCUAAAGGAAGGUCUUGUUCCACUGAGCCGGCAGAGACAGCCUCCUCCUGGGUGUACACCAACGACAGGCCAAAGUCUGUGGGGGACCCCCUUAUGCUGAAUGGAGAACUGGAUGUGCCAGUCCUACGCACCACCUUACCGCGCUCUUUCUCUGCCCCUUACCCGCCACUUGAGGGCAUUGCUGAGGAGAGCACAGCAGUGGAGUCCUGGCAGUGUGACUCUAGUGGAGGCGACCAUGCCUGGCAACAGCCGCCUGCAGAAGAUCGGGUCACAGAGGAGGACUACCAGCAGGCUUUGAGAGUAGAGGGUUACAUCCUAAGUCUCAUCCAGCGCCACACCCUCCCGCCACGGCCAUGUCAGCCCCGCACCAGCCUAAACCCUGACCCCCCAUACUGCAGUGUCUCUGGACACAGCUCCCUACACAGGAGAACUCUGUCUCUUACCAAUCAGCCCCAUGUUGACCUUUCGGCAAACUCUAAAAGCCAGGGCUGGGGUUGUGACCCGCUGGAAGGGGAGGUGUGUGGAGGAGAGGCCCCAUCUUUGGAGGAGGACUGUUAUCUGGCUCUGCCCUACCCCCAGUCCAGGCCACACUCCCUGGCUGAGAGGCUACCAUCACCUCUGCCCUCCCUGGACCCCAACUGUGGUGUUGGGGCUCUUGACCUUUCUUGUGAACCCCCAUCCCCCCAGCAUUACUUACAACCACAUCCCAUUAUUCAACACAAACACAAUUUAGUAAACGCCCAGUAUAUCCCUGGACAAGCCAGCCACGCCCCUGUGCGCUCCCCGAGACACUACAACCCAGAGCAGCCUAAGCCCAACCGAGCUGUCACCUCUCCUGACCACCCGAACUCUAAGCCCAGAACGUCUAAAAAGAGCCACAAUGAGCGGCAGAGAGCUAAGAAAUCAAACAGUAAAACCAGUCGAUCCCAGUCUGAAAACAGCCUCCUAGGCCAACGAGUGUUUCCUGAGCGCAGGUACAGCACCACCGAGAGACACCAGGGUCGAGCAGAUCUUGCUCAGAACCAAGUCAUUGGAUCGCAGGUGGGCAACAACAGCCACAAUGGGAGCCGACGCUGGUGCUCCAACCUGGAGCUCAGCCAGGAUGAAGGGGACACCCAGGCACAUAGACGACCACCUAGAAAAGCUCGCCAUGGUCAUUCUUUACCCCAUUCCCAACCCCAGAACUACCACCAUCACCACCAUCAGCAGCAGCAGCAGCACACUCAACGUUGGCACCCAGACUUUCAGGAGAAAGCACCUCUCUGCCAGGGUGAGGAGGGCUAUGCUGGUGCCGCCCCCGCGGAGUCUGAGUCCAGUAUGAGCGAGGUGUACUCCCCAGCCUCAAGCUCACUGUCCAGCGACUCAGAUGAAAGCGGGGGGCUUGUGUGGCCUCAGCAGCUGCCACCACGUCUUGCUUCUACCUCCUCUUCAUCCUCACCUUCACCAAAAGCCACCACCAAUGCCCCCUCUCAACCAAAAGCCUUCGUCAAGAUAAAAGCCUCUCAUGCUCUGAAAAAGAAGAUCCUCAGAUUCCGCUCAGGGUCCCUCAAAGUCAUGACUACUGUAUGAGGAAAUGCUCAAACCUGUUUUCAACCCAUAACCUUUACUACUGUAAUGUAAAGCCAUCAUCAGAGCAACACUGUGGCUGCCUCUUUGGUCACCAGUUAUAUAACUAAGCAAUCCAGGCUUUGUACACUACCUACCUCUAAUCACAGGAUGUUCUGGGGCCCCUUUUCCACUGUACAAAAAACCUUGCUAAUCCUCUCUAACAUCUGGCUUUUUCAUAUAAUAAGAAAGGUAGCAAUUGGCAUUCACACCCAGGUCAACUGACUCUGCAGUAGUCAUAAGUAUUUAUGACUCUGGCUCUGAUGUCAAGAUGUAAUGAUGCGCCACCGCAAAAUACCAAUCAUCUCUACCCAAGUAGCACUCAAAUACUGUUCCAAAUUAGUCUGCACCAAGUUUGAAAGAGACUGAAUAAGUAAGAGAUAUAAAAAAAAAAAGAAUUAGCCACCAUGAUGUUUUCACAGGCGUCUAUUCAUGCUGCUUUCUACUGUUUACUAACCGGUUCUCCGGCCUUUCUGUGACGUUGAACAUGACACACAAACCAAAAAAAAAUACACACAACCACACACAGAAAGGCAUGCUUGUCUGCUGCAGAGCCGUAUACAUGGCUGUACUCUACUGCCAAUGGAAAAGGAGUCAGUAGCCUAUUUUUAGCUGGUUUACCCAUUUUCAAAAACCUGCACAUGCACUGAUUUAGGUGGAAGAGGGGCAUUGGUGAGAGACAUAAUAUAAUUAGGCAUGAUUAAAGAUCUGCCAGAGAUCAUCUAGUUGAAUUUAUCUUGCAG